CUGCUGUUCAGACCAAGAUGAGCUGGCAUAAUAUUUUCAUUAGAUUUCUACAAUUGAAUUUUCUUCAAGUGGUAAUUGCCCAUUGCAUGGUAUAUCGAAUUCUUCCACACAGCAUUCAGUUACCAUGUGAACCAACUGGGAAGAAUUCUGGCUUUCCUUUGCCUGUUGGAAUUGCAGAAAAUGGUCUUAGUUCAAAUGAGAAACAUGAUCAAACUAAAGCAAAUGCCACAGCAUUGGUGGCUGAAGAUUACUUUUUGUGUUGUGACUGGACUGACACAUACGUUAAUUGCUUUGUAUACACAGCGCAGAUGGAAACUCAACAAAUAGAUUCAAUAUGGAAUCUACAAUUUUGGACUACAAUAAACUCAGAGGAGUUGUUUUGUGUUGUGGGAUUAUCUAGUAAAUCAUCUUAUCGGACUGAAGACUUUACAGUUAAUCUCUUAUAUUCAUUAACAGAUGUAUCAUUGGAAAGCAACUCUACAAAUUCACUAAAGAACAAUUUCACAGUUACUCAUUGUAUUGCCAUAAAACACGAAAAAUAUGAAUGUCAGAUUCCUUCAGUGAAACUCAACCACACUUACAUUAUGUGGCUCAAGAUCACACAUGGAAUGGCAUUGUUCCGGUCACCAUUAAUGUUGGUCAUGCCAUUAGAUAUCGUAAAGCCAGAACCUCCAUUACAUAUGAAAAUAGAAAUGACAGAUAAAGGACAGUUAAAGAUCUCUUGGUCUAACCCAUCACCAAAAUCGUAUUCACUUCAGUAUGAAGUAAAAUAUUUUGCAAAUGCAACUAGAUAUGUUUAUCAGGCAGUUGAAAUUACCACGGAAACCUCAUUGAUCCUAAGCAAUACCCUACUUGAUUCUUCAUAUGUAGUUCAAGUUCGAUGCAAGAGACUUUCUGGAUCUGGUCUCUGGAGUGAUUGGAGCUCACCUUUUAACUUGAAUCUACAAGAUGUCAUGUACUUCCCUCCGAAGAUUCUAGCAAGCGUUGGAACUAACGUUUCCUUUUAUUGUAUUUACAAAAACAAGAACAAAAUAAUCUCAUCCAAGAAGAUAGUUUGGUGGUUAAAUUUAGCAAAAGAAGUUCCGAGAAGUCAAUAUACACUUGUGAAUGACUUUGUUGGAAAAGUUACACUUAUUAAUUUAGAAGCAAUGAAACCCGGUGGGAAUUUCCUCUUUAAUGCCUUGUACUGUUGUAAUGAAAACAAAGAAUGUAAUCAUCGCUAUGCGGAAUUAUAUAUAAUAGAUGUUAAUAUCAACAUCACAUGUGAAACGUAUGGGAACUUACAAAAAAUGACAUGCAGAUGGUCCACCAACACCGACCUCCUGCUUUCUGAAAGCACUUUGUUGUUAAGAUACUACAGGAGUGAUGUGUAUUGUUCUGAGUCUUCUAGUAUGCCUUCAGAUUCAGAGGUAAAAGAAUGCCAUUCUCAGCGGAAUAAUUCUUAUGAGUGCAUCUUUCAGCCUUUUUACCUUUUAUCUGGAUACACAAUGUGGAUAGAAAUAAAGCACCCAUUGGGGACACUGACGUCUCAACCAGUGUGUAUUCUUCCAAAAGAAGUAGUGAAGCCAUUUCCUCCCUUCAAUGUUAAAGCAGAAAUCACAAGGGAAGUGGGAAUGCUGAAUGUGAGCUGGAAUAAUCCAGAACUUCCCAAGAGUGAUCUUCAGUUUCAGAUCCGAUAUGCUCUCAAUGGAACAGAAAUAACCUGGGAGAUGUAUGAAGUUUCUGCUGUAUCAGGAAGCUGUGUCAGUAUAGAAGUUCAGGAUCCCUGUGCAGUUUACAUUGUUCAAGUGCGCUGCAGUGUCCUUGAUGGAAUUGGCUACUGGAGUGAUUGGAGUAGACUUGUAUAUACAGUUGUUAAGGAUAUCAAAGCUCCAUUGAGAGGGCCUGAAUUCUGGAGAAUUGUUAAUGAAGAUCCAGUAAGGAAGCAGAAAAACGUUACUCUACUUUGGAAGCCCUUGGUGACUAAUUUUGCCUUGUGCAGUGUGCUUGAUUAUGUGAUAGAACAUACUACUUCAGAAAACAUUACUUGGUCUGAUUAUGUAGAAAAUGAUACUACCUUUACAUUUUUAUGGACAGAGGAUGUUCACACCAUUAAAGUUAUUGCUGUCAACUCAAUUGGGGCUUCUUCUGUGAAUUUCAUUAUAACCCUUUCACAACAAAUGAAUGCAGUAAAUAUUGUGAAGUCUGUUAGUGCCUAUCCAAUAAACAGCAGUUGUGUAAUUGUGUCCUGGAUGCUUUCACCUGCAAUAUACGUUGUUACAUCUUUUGUAAUUGAAUGGACCAACCUAAAUGAAGACGAACAAAUGAAAUGGAUAAUGGUUCCUUCAUAUGUUAGGAAAUGUCAUAUUUAUGAUAAUUUCAUUCUAAUUGAGAAAUACCGCUUUAGUGUGUACCCAGUAAUUCCUGAAGGAGUUGCAAAGCCCACAGUGACAGAAGGAUUUUCCAAAGGUGGGAUUGAGAAGCAGAAUUAUGUGAACUUCUAUGUGAUACUUCCCCUAGUAAUUUUGUGCUUAGUUUUCCUGCUUGGAGCUCUUCUGAUCUUGCACCAAAGAAUGAAGACACUAUUCUGGGAUGAUGUCCCAAACCCCAAAAAUUGUUCCUGGGCACAGUCAGUAAAUUUCCAGAAGAGAGUGGACAUUCUGUGAAGUCUGAUCAUGCUCACUGCCCACUGAACCAUUGUGACAGCACCCAGACUUCCUAUACAAAGUUGUUAGAAGAAUUAUGUAUUUGUAUUCAGAAGAGAGGAAUUAUUUACAUAUCAUUUAUCUGUUAUCUUUGUUCAUACA